GGCGCGUUUUCAGACCUCAGGGAGUUAAAUCUAUUAAAGAAUGCAACGGGGCUUUCACCAGUUCUCUGUUUGGUAUUGGCUGCAUGCGAGAUGUCUUGUUUAGCAGAAGACACUUUUAGCAAAAAAGCAGUCAAUUGCUUGAAAAAAACUUUAAGUUUACCUGAGCUGGCCCAAACCCAAUCAUAUUCAUCUUCUUCAUCCUUAGAAUCAGUAAUUAGAAGCACUCGAGAAGGUUUAGACAAAUCAAGGGGCUUCGAAUCUCCAGCUUUCUGAGAUACAACACGACGAACAGGCAGUGUAUCGUACAUGGGGUUUAAGUAAUCAACUUCUUCAAUCAUUUCCUCCUCUGUAAUUUCCGCAGGCAGUGUUUUAGUAAAAAUAAAACGAUAAUCUCGCCCUGUCAGUUGACUGUAGGCAGUUAACCUUUGCAGCACUGCCACAAAUUGAUGUGGUGACAUAGCUGGAUCAGGCAGAUCUUUGCAAAUGGCAACUGCCUCCGUUACACUCAGAGGAGUAAUUUUGUAACCAUCUGGAAGCUGUACAAACGGAAAAACUUCAGUUGUGGACGGCAACUGCGGAUAUAAUCAAUUGGUCAAGCGCUUUGGAAUUUCAGCAGAAACAACACAUUCAUAUAGAGGAAGGGACGUAUCAGGUUUCAACUGAGACUGAGAGGGAGAGCUGUCUUGUUUUUUCAGCUCUGGACACUUAUCCCAAUAAGUUUUCAUCUUCAUCCAAGCUUUAUAUGCAUCUUUCAUAUAAUCAAUUGGCCAUCCUGGGUCACCCCAAGAACUAAAGAUCAUAUCUUUUGCAGCACGCAUAUCUUCAUCUUUAAAAGAACCAUCGCGGGCAAAUGGAUCUAAUUGUAUUUUCCCUUCUGACCAUCCCGCGAGAUUAGAGAGAUAGAGUUCAGUGAAAAAUGCUUUAUUAUUGCGAUUCAUGAAAUCCUUGGGGGUUUCCCCCAUUAACGGUCAACUAAUCGUUUCACCCAUUUGAAACAGCCAACAAAGAUCUCUCCUUUGCUUUAAUAAAAAUCUUACAAUUUCAGAGAAUGGUCAAAUAAAAUACAAAUUAAAGUCUGCAGCUUUAUAUUAACUUUUUAGUAUUUUUGGCAAAAAGAAAAUUUUUGAUUCAGUAUUAUUCAUUCAACUGCCAACAAGGACCUGAGGAUAUCACCAUGAAAUAGACUUAGAGAGAGAGAAAAUUUUCAACUCAAACUCAUCUAUUCCCUUCCCACGCAUAUAAUCCAUGAGGAUAACACCAAAAAAUGAAAGGGUGAUCAGUCCUCUUUCACUCUUCCCGCAUUUAUCAAAAAUACGAGGAUAUCCACUUUUAACACAUAUGAAAAAGUGCGGCACAAAAAUACAAGGAUCAAUUUCUCAUCAGACAGUAAGAUGCACUUAAGCAUUUUAUUUCUUACCUGUCUGGAGAAAUCCCGACAAGCCCCCAAAUUGUUAGGUUUUUGCUCCUAAUUCGUGCCUCAUCCCACACCUCUUAAUUGGCAAUUGAAUGAGCAAUCACUCAGCGCUGAGGGAGAAUAUAAUCUCAUUUUAUUGAUAAGAAAAAAGAGAAUAUAUAGAAAGAGUACAAGGGGUGUAGUAUAGGUUCAGCCAAUGAGAGAGAGAAUACAUCAUAUAGCUCAUGGUAUAGGAAUGUGAUACAUAUAGAAAAACAAGUCUAAAUAUGGUCAUCUCCCAGUUAACUAUCCAGGAGAGUAGUGUUAACAUAUACCUUGUGUCACUUUUGAAUGAUUUAUUGCACCCUCAUAAUUCUCAGACUGACAGCUGUCAGAUGUCAGGGCAUAUGUCAGGUAAUAUACGACCCAUGGUGUUACAUUGUGACGUGGCUAUGUGACUUCCUAUGCCAGUGGCUGUAUGACUUCCCAAGCUGUUGUCUGUACGUGUUAAAAAACAGAUCAAACAGGGGGAGACUGACUUUUUGAUAGGGUAUCACAUCUCUCACCCAGCAAUGAUGUUUUAUGGUUUAUUCCUUCCUUGUCUCCUGGCUCCUUCCAGUCUGAUGGGGUAAAGGUGUGAUGUCUGCGAUCGUUCAUUUCUUUGAUUGCGGGUUGCCUUAAAAGAUACCCAAGCCUAGUUUGUGUUAUGCUGACACCUCACCAGGAACAGUAAUGGGGGUUCAAUACAGUAUAUGUUAAUUGAGUCAAAAUAUUUGGAUCGUGACAUUCAGGUAGACAAUCAUCCCGACAAAACAAAAGGUAUGGCCAUUAAAAUAAGUGACCUGGUGUUUUAGAAGCCUGUAUGGGCCAUUAAUGGUCGAUAGGGUGGGGUAGGGGUCUAUCAUACUGGGUGAUUAUGCGUAGUCUACGUGACGCCUGAGGGUGAUGACCCAUUUAUUGGGGUGAUUGGGUGAAGUUUUAUAUAUAUGUUAAUGAUGUUGUGGGCUGUACCGGCUAUUUAAGUUUUGAGGUCUCUGUAUAAAGCUGGCCAGUUUUUCGUCAGUAUGUAUCCAAGCAUCGUGUGUGUCAGACAAUCUUCGAUCUCAAACAAACUAUUUCAUUCACACCACGGCUGUUAUCGGGACGUUCGAGUGUUUUACUGUGAAGAUGGCUGCUUUAUUCAACAGUGAUGCGGACAAUGCGUGUGGAAAUCUUGAUGAUCUUGUUGAACAAAUUCAAUUUCUCAAUCAAGCGAGUGGAGGGUCGAAAAACGGACUCAGAUCUGCAACAAAUCAGCCGCCUUCGCGAGGCAGCUCGAACAAUCCGGAACUGGGAGAUCCUAAACCUGAAACUAGCUCCUCGACAAAUCAGCCGCCAUCGCGAGGCAGCACGAACAACCCGGAGCUGGGAGGAACGUAUCCUGCGAGUACGUCAUCAAAACGUGUAUGCAUCCAGCCACUCAGCUCUAUUGAUGUGACAGUGGACACUGUGCAAGAGCUGAUGGUGGCUGCAGACAUGCUGCAGUUGAGUGAGGUGGUGGAUAUAUGUGGAGAAUUUCUCCGGGCUCAUAUGGACCCAUCCAACUGUGUCGGGAUUUAUCGCUUUUUGGAGCAGAUCGCCUAUAUGGAGCUGUUAAAGUUCACUGAAGACUACAUCCACGUCCACUUUCUAGAGGUUUGCUCCUCAGAAGAGUUCUCAAGCUUGUCAAAAGAUCAGCUGGUGAAGUUGCUCCGCAGUGAGGAGCUCAGGAUCGAAGAUGAGUAUCAAGUGUUCACGGCUGCUAUGGACUGGCUGCACCACAACGUGCCCCACAGGAAGAAGCAUGUGGUCGAAGUUUUGGAACCUGUGCGCUUCCCUCUGCUGUCACCACAGAGACUCUACAAGUACAUUGAGGGUAUUUCUGACUUCAGUCUGCGAGUUGCAUUGCAAACCCUUCUGAGAGAGUACACUGAAGUCAACAAGUCCCCUAAAGAGAGCAAACCUUUCAGCCUUCUGCAAACGGCCAAGACCCGGCCCAGGAGAAAAGCCCGCAAGUACCUCUAUGCCAUUGGUGGUUACACUCGUCUGCAGGGUGGCCGAUGGAGUGACAGUCGAGCUUUGAGCUGUGUUGAACGCUUUGAUUCGUUCAGUCAGUACUGGACCACCGUGUCUUCCCUGCAUCAGGCCCGCAGUGGACUCGGAGUGGCGGUACUGGAAGGCAUGAUAUAUGUAGUGGGGGGAGAAAAAGAUUCCAUGAUCUUUGACUGUACGGAGCGGUAUGACCCAGUGACCAAGCAGUGGGCGGCAGUGGCGUCUCUGACCUAUCCACGCUGUGGGGUCGGAGUUUGUUCGUGUCAUGGAGCUCUUUAUGCAAUUGGUGGCUGGAUUGGAUCGGAAAUUGGGAAGACCAUGGAACGAUAUGACCCAGCAGAAAAUAAAUGGGAGGUUAUUGGAAGCUUGGCUGUUCCUCGAUAUUAUUUUGGCUGCUGUGAGCUGCAAGGCUUCAUCUAUGUGAUCGGUGGCAUCAGCGAUGAGGGUACGGAGCUGCGCUCGGCUGAGGUUUACGACCCAAUCUCUCGCCGCUGGAGUGCCCUGCCUGUAAUGGUGACCCGACGGGCGUACGUGGGUGUAGCUAGUCUCAAUAACUGCAUAUAUGCUGUAGGAGGCUGGAAUGAGGCACUGGGAUCAUUGGACACUGUGGAAAAAUAUUGCCUAGAGGAGGAGAAGUGGGUGGAGGUGGCGCCGAUGGCCAUCCCGCGCGCUGGGGUAACAGUUGCAGCCGUUAAUGGUUUGUUAUAUGCGGUAGGUGGUCGAACCACUAGUAGGGACUUUUCAGCACCAGUUACUGUAGACUCGGUCGAAAUCUAUGACCCCCACCUGGACACAUGGACGGAGAUCGGUAACAUGAUCACCAGCCGCUGUGAUGGUGGUGUAGCCGUGCUCUGAUAUUCACACCCAGCAACAUAUCACUUAACUCCACUGUUGUAACUGAUUUUAGAUUGUCUAAUUUAUUAUAACUUUUAAAUGAGUUAAGAAGGACACAUGGUAUGAUUCUCAUAUGUUAGCCUUUGAGAAGACCCACAGCAUUGUUUGGGAGUGAAGCAUCAAGGUGUUUUUUUUUUUUUUGAGAUCAUCAGCAAUUAAUAGCUUGUGUAUAACAGCCUGCUUCAAAAGGUCACUUAGUUCACCUAUGCAGUCCAUUGUGUUGUUUGUGGUGUUUUCAUCUCAGUGUUGUGCAUUUUAGCCAGCAAUUUGCUUCUUUUGUUGAGUUCACUUUCACAUUUGCCUCAUUUCUAAAUAUUUUAUUUGUUACAAUUUGCACUUCUGUAUUAUACAUUUUUAUUUAUCACAAUCUUAAGCUUGUGGACACUUGCUUGAUUGCUGUUAAAAUAUUUGAAUAAAUUUAAGCACUAGAAUUUGUUCAGCUGAGAGCUUUAAUAUUUCAUUAAUAUCAACAAUUUCCUGGAAUAAAAAAAAUGGUUUACCACUCCA